AAUUUUUUAUUAGGAAAGUCCAGGUGUAAAAAAAUAUGACUGACAAACUGAUUUUAUUUCUUUUUAUGGCACUUACAUGCCUUCCUCAAAACCACAUGAUACCAAUGUAAGAGAUGCGGGGCUGGGAUAGGGAUUCACACUUAGUGAAAAUAGAGGCAACUGCUGGUACAGUUAUAAUUAUUCAGGUUUGGCAACAUUGUCAGGAUGGAACAAAAUGCUCCAUUCUCUUCGGAAAAGUCAAUACUCUGUGAGAGUACUCACGGAGGCUUCAAUUCAGUCAUUUUCAUCUCAAAAGUUGCAGCGGUCACACAGUCAGCUCUUCAAAAUGUUGUUAAGUUUUUCAUUGCUCGUGCUAGUUUCCGACUAUGCAUUCGGAUUUUUUUUCCCAUUCCCUCUGAAAAUUCCAAUCCCUUUUAAAGUUCCUGUCCCUGUGCCUGCAGAGAAAGAGCGAUUUUUCUUGCCUCCACCAUGGUACUACUAUCCAAGGGUGAUUCCUACUGGACAGUGCAUUACUGAUUUGAAACAGGAAGGAACAUGUAUGACGAAAGCUAGCUGUAACGUUCAAGGUGGUGUUGUAGGUGGCAGCUGCACGGGUGGUGUUUGUUGUGUCUUUGAGAGAACUUGUGGCGGAAGCUCUAAAGCAGAUGUAACCUAUUUCAAGAGUCCAAGCUAUCCAGGCCCAUUCAAUAGUGGGCUCCAAUGCUCAUUGACAGUUUCCAAAGCAUCAGACAAAAUAUGUCAGGUAAUCACAAAAAAAUAUCAUAUCUACUUCCAAUGUCAGUGAGUGGUUGAGAAUCACAGCUCAACUUUUUUUGUUUAGAAAAUUCUCCUCCCACCCUUGGCCUCUUUUUAUUGUGAUAGGUAGAUUAGUUAUAGUUUUUCUUAUUUUCAUUCUUAUAUCAGUGCCACACUGGGCUCUUUUGACUAUUUAUUUAUACUUAUGAGACUUUCAUUCAAAUAUUUACGGCCAAUUGAUAUUUGAUUUGAGGAUAGUACAAUUGAUUUUUACACAUUCUUGCGCCAAAUCCGAUUAAUACUUUUGAUAAUUGAAGUUGAGCUAUGCCUGAGCUAUACAUAAAACUUCGGUAUCAUGCAAAAGAAUGAUGAAAUUUCGGUGAGCAGAAAUCGAACCAAGUUUUGCAACAAGGGACUAAGGAAACUAAAAUGGUCCAUAUGUUGUUUAUAAAAUGCGCCAAAGAUAGUAGUUCUGGAUUGCAGAAUGGAAUUUAAUUAAUAGUUAGAAAAAAAAAUUCUUGAAAUAAUAAGGAGUCCAUUUUAAAUCAGCAUUUUAAGAGUUUUAUUUUCACUUGAAGUUUACAAUGAUGGGGAAAGAAUGAGUUUUUUCCAGUUUUUUAGAACUUUUAGCAGAGAAAAAUAACUUGUAUAUUGUUUUUUGCCCCUAGCUGCGAAUAGAUUUUGAAACUUUCAA